AUGUGGGGAUCAGUGGUUAUUCCGGAAGAAUGCCCAACAGACUCUCCAAACCUAGCCUUUAGGCGAGUAGGUAUUCUCACCUCCCAUCAUGGACUAAUCAACUUCUCUAUUACAGUCUUUGUUGAUGGAAUCCGUUUUGAGAUCAAUGUUAUGGAAGACAUUUUUGAGUCUAUAAAGCUCAUCCCUGUUCUGGCAUCUAACGAUUUUCAUUAUUCCAAUGGGAACUGGUGGGAUGAUGGAGUUCAAGAGGACGACUACGCAGCACAAUCGGAGGAAGACCUGAAUUCGCCGGUCUCGUCGACGGCGUAUUCCCACUAG